UGAAGAAGAAGAAGUGAUAACCGUUUCCGAAGGACCGCAACAGAACGACACCGAUGUCGGUUUACGGCGAGGAGGGUUCCUACGACGACCAAGAUACAGAAGCAGGAGCCGGAGAUGCUGGAAGCGUACGCAACAUGCCGGGUUCCACCUCUUCGCAAUCUGUCUCUGACAGCGAUCCCGUCGAAGUUCUCGAGAUUGAAGAAAGUCGUCCUCGGCCCACCGCGGGACUCAGCGGGGCAGGAGACGCCCUGAACGAAAUCGAUGGCGUCCAGGUGGUCAUCUCGCGGACCGUCGUCUGGGUGCCGACCGCCUUAUUCUUCAUUGCUAUCGUGUUCGGAGCCUUCGCUGCGGUCUACUUGUCCCACAUUCGCUCCCGGACCAUAGGUCACAUCCCUCUGUCCGCAGAUGACGCAGCUGGACUUCUGUCGUCCUUGUGCAAUGGCACCGCUUGUCGAUCUUACUCGAGAGCGCUAGGAGCAUCGCUGAACAGGUCCAGAAACCCCUGCGAUGACUUCUACAGUUACGUCUGUGACGGUUGGGUUAAACACACGCGCUACACCGCCGUCGAAGAAGUUGCCAAGGACAAGACAUAUAAGCACAUCCUCGACGUUGCUCUAAAACAGCCCGAUCGCCAUAAUGGAAACUCAACGGUAGUCCAGAAGGUCGCCGGUCUCAUAAGGUCCUGCCUCCGCGUCCAGAAAGGUCUCAAAGAGUUGCAACAGUUUCUGGCUGAUCGCCGCUUACCUUGGCCUAGACGAUCUACUGUGGACAUAGUAGAGAUCCUUGUGGAUCUUUCUGCCAAUUGGGGCUUGCACCUCUGGUUUCAAAUUGUGGUUCUGGAUAAAACCGGAAAUAUAUCGAGGCCCGCCAUUGAGUUACGACACAGCGAGACCCUGAGAACGUGGAUGGUAACCAGCAGAACUUUGAUUCAGAACGGAGAAUACGACGCUUACAUCACUAAGGUCCUUAGCCGGUUCCACAUCAGAAGGAGGAGUGUGCCAUAUUUCAUCAACCAAAUCAAGGCCACGGAGAGGCUGAUAUUGUCCAUCUUGGGUCCCGUUACCGCCGAUCACAGCCUGGAAACGCGUACCAUGACCAUUGAAGACAUGGCCAAGCUGACCCCAGGCGUUGCGACACUCAGAUGGGUGCUAGCCUUUGCAGACAGCCUGUCGUGGGCUCGCGCUUUCACCCGGAAGACGUUAGUUCGCGUCGAAGGCGGAGGAUUCUUGCGUGCUGUAGCCGUUCUUCUUAGCUUCCAGUACGAGACUGUGGAGGCACUAUCGCUUAGCCUGGGCUUCCACACCAUUCAUGAGAUAGGAUGGAUUGCUGAUCGAGAGCUGCGGCACGUGUCGUCCUCUGUGAUGCGGUUCCCCAACGAGGCAGCCGCGCGUCGAUGUCUCGUCUUGGUGGAGGACAUGACGGGCCCUGCCUGGUUCAGCCUCUUGCCACCUAUCCAGGACCUGCAGAACUUCAUCGCGCACAUUGUUCUUUAUGUGAACGAUGAGAUUGGAUCUGAUUCAUUGCCAAGGCUGCGGUUUUUAGAUGCCGUCGGGGACUACACCUGGCACGAUCACCAUCUUCCCGAAUUGCAGAAAACUUUCUUCGCUUCCUGGGUUGCGUACCACGAGCUCCAGCAAACCCAUCAGCGCAAACUGGACCCCGCUCGCCAAGCACAACCCAUUUUCCGGCAACAUCUAGUUCUCCACCGCGGUGCCAUUUACAACAGGCAGGAGGAAGAGGUGGACGUUCUGGUUGGACGGGAGUUCUUGAUCUUCCCUUUGUAUUACACGACACUUCCGAAAGCUGUUAUUUACGCUGGGGCAGGUAGACUGAUCGCCGAUGAGAUAAUCCGUGCCUACGGAGCCCACGGAGGUGCUACUGCUUCGCGGCCCACGAAGUUCUUCCAUUCUAUGGAGUUCGCCGAAGAAUCUCCAACCGAGACCCGAGGUUUGUUGGCGUCGCUCCGAGCCUACCAGUCGCUCAAUGUGAACCACGUAAAUGAAGAUUCUGUUGUGUUCCCCGACCAGCUGUUCUUCAUGGCGUCCUGUUACGCUCUUUGUGCCAGCCAGGGGAGCAUCGUAGGUCGUUACGGACCCUCCGCAGACCGCUGUAUGAGGCCUAUCAAAGGACUCAGUGAAUUCAAGGCAGCCUUUCGUUGUGGCCGGCAACCGGAUGUGAACGUCACGGCGAACGACUAUUUCCUCAACUAUGCCACCAGUGCAACCGAAGGCUUUGAACCGGAGAUGGAAAACAUAUUGAUGAAGGACGUGGAACUUUCGUAGCGCAAACGAACGAUAUAGCAAUGAAAAUAAACGUUUCAUACGCUACCUA